AACCCCGCCGGAGGUCUUGAUAGGCAAAUUCAGAAGCCCCGAUCUGGAAGCUCGAGCCCGACCCAGUGGGCUAGGCCAAGUCUACCCAGCCCCCAGAGGUCGGUUUCCCCUCCAGCGCCCCUGUGGAAAGGGCAGUCCCAGGCAGCGCUGGGCAAGUUCCGACCCCUCCGCCGACCUCGCGGCGAGCCGGUGCCCGAACCGCCACCUUUAGCUGGACCGCAGCCACACAGGGAAGAGUUCAGCCCCAGGACUGACGGGGCCCGGUCUCCAUCGGCGGCUGCCUUCAGAGGAGCUCGCUCAGGCUACUUGGUCACUUGUUCCCCUGGUCACGAAGAUGUCGGCCUCCAACGUCAGCUUGCUGCACGAGACAUCCAGGCAGGUCGCAGCCGGAGGGUCUGCAGGUCUCGUAGAAAUUUGCCUGAUGCAUCCUCUCGAUGUGGUGAAAACCAGGUUCCAGGUGCAGAGAAGUGUAACAGACCCACAAAGUUAUAGAAGCUUAGGAGACAGCUUCCGGAUGAUCUUCCGAACUGAAGGGUUACUUGGCUUUUACAAGGGAAUUAUCCCACCCAUUUUAGCUGAAACACCAAAAAGAGCAGUCAAGUUUUCCACCUUUGAGCUGUACAAGAAAUCUCUAGGAUAUAUGUCACUACCACCAGGACUGACAUUUGCCAUCGCUGGAUUAGGAUCUGGGCUAACAGAAGCUGUCGUGGUUAACCCUUUUGAGGUGGUAAAAGUUGGUUUGCAGGUCAAUCGGAACAUGUUCACAGAGCAACCGUCGACUUUUGCUUAUGCAAGACAGAUCAUCAAGAAGGAAGGCCUGGGGUUCCAGGGCCUCAACAAAGGAUUUACAGCAACUCUGGGGCGCCACGGAAUUUUCAACAUGUGUUAUUUUGGCUUCUACCACAACGUCAAAAAUGCUAUUCCAUCCAGUAAGGAUCCAACCUUGGAGUUUUUGAGAAAAUUUGGGAUUGGUUUUGUCUCCGGGACAGUGGGCUCAGUCUUUAACAUCCCCUUUGAUGUUGCGAAGAGUAGGAUCCAAGGGCCUCAGCCAGUUCCUGGAGAGAUCAAGUACCGAAGCUGCUUCAAAACAAUGGAGAUGGUCUACCGGGAAGAAGGGAUUUUAGCCUUAUACAAAGGCCUGCUCCCUAAGGUGAUGAGACUUGGACCAGGCGGUGGGGUGAUGUUGCUGGUGUAUGAAUACACCUAUGCGUGGCUACAGGAAAACUGGUGACGGACUGAGAAGUAUUUUCCUCUUGACAUAACAGAGACAUGGUCUCAGCCCCACGAAGAGAAGACAAGCUAGACACACCAGUCAAGAGGAGAAGGCAGCCUGCUCAGGAGCAAAGCCUGUUUCCAUGUUUUAUCAAUUUUUAGACAAAUUGGCAUGGUAGUUUGGCCCAUAUACAUAACACUGUAGGAAGGAAAGUAACAUGAAGCAGUGGUGUUUUCAAGUUAGGGAUCAAGAGAGCAGAGACAGUUCAUAAAAGCUACAGAGUGUCUGAUUCAUACUGCUUCACCAGGAAAACUCGUUUGAUAAUUUCUCUGAGAAGUCUAUAAAUCCAUAAAUUCUUGAAAAUAAAUUGUUCUGCAGCUAGUUUCCUGAGAAUUAUUCAAAGAAAGACUGAGAUAUAAGUAAAAAUUUAAAGAUAUUUUAUACAGAAUUACUUUUCCAUAAAUCAUAUUUUAAAAGAGAAGAAAAAUUUAAAUACACCAAAACAGCCUUUUAAGAAUGUUUAAUUUUGUGAGUGCUGAGUUAAAAUGUGAGUCUAUUGGUUUUCUUUAGUAGUUAAUAUGCCCUCAGGCUCUGUUUGCCUAAAUGUAUUUUAUAUUUCACAUGGUGACCUAAGUGGAUAUUUUAAAAUCAUGGUAUUUGAAGACUUUUAUUAAAAAUAGAAUACAUGAUAUUAUAUUAAACUGAUUUCUUUUACAUAGUUCAUUUUUAAAACAAGAUUUGUUACUGAAUUUUUUUUUUUUUUUUGGGUUAGGUCACAAAUUGAAUGUGCUCUUUGGGCCCUUCUCUGUUGCCCGAACUUGCCUCCAAACACCAUCCUUAAAAAAGUACAGGAGAAAGGAAAUAAAACUAUCUCCAGAUUCUUGUGUUUAAGUCACAUUUUGAAGUAUAAGACUAUUUAGAAUAUUAAAAUGUCUACACUACAUUUCAAAAGUGAAAAUAUACAUUCUUCAGCAUUCCCAAGCACUCAUGCACUAAUAUGCACUCUGAAAAAAGCAAAAGAUAGGUUUUUGAUCUUGAUAUAUCCAAAGCUUAUUUAUGUCUGCACCAUGUAAUGAGACUUCUCCAGUAGCUAUGGCCAAGAAAAAAUAGCAACAUGUUCUAGAUGACACGGGUUCUUAACUACUCCUGUGGGCUAUUUCUAGAGGUAAUCUCACCAAAACAUUUUGAAAAUAAACAGUGAAGAUGACAUGUUAAUUAUUUGUAUUUAUUAAUUUAGAGCAUCUGAAGUAUAAAAAUAAAAGGCUUCUGACAUAAUCUAUACACACACAGCCUUCCGUGGAACAUCUUUCCCAACGCGCUU